AUGUCGCUGCGUGGAAACAAGAAUCCAUCUUGGAAUGACCAGUUCAAGAGCACGAACCAGCGCGACUUCAAUACCCAAGUCAUCAUCUCGGUCGUCUUCGGGCUGAGUGCGUUCCUCUCAUUCUGCGUCCUCCGCCCCAAGUGGACCAGCCUCUAUCAUGCGCGCAAGAAAACCUCGGGCGCAGCCUCGCGUUUGCCUGAGCUGCCCAAGUCACUCUUCGGAUGGAUCCCAGUACUGCUGAGGAUUUCGGACGCAGAGGUUCUGGCCUCUGCGGGUCUUGACGCCUACGCUUUUCUCUCCUUCUUCCGAUAUGCCAUAAAAUUCCUCUCAAUCACCUUGUUCUUCUCUCUCACCAUCAUCCUACCCGUCAAUUACCGGUACACCGGCGAACUGCCCUACCCUCCGAUCAAUGGCACGGCGCCCUUUAUCCAGCCUGCAUUUCUAUUUGCGGACGACGAGAAGAAAGUCAGGAAGCCCAAGAUCGAGAAGGAUGACAGCUACUUGUGGAUGUACGUCGUAUUCGCCUACUUUUUCACCUGUGUGGCCAUAUUUCUCUUGAUUGUUGAGACCUCGACUAUUAUUCGAAUCCGGCAAGCUUAUCUCGGCACCCAGUCCACCAUUACGGACAGAACCUUGCGCCUGUCAGGCAUCCCUAAGGAAAUGAGAUCGGAGGAGGCAAUCAAGAAUUUCAUUGAAGAUCUACAGAUUGGGAAAGUGGAUAGCGUCAUGUUGUGUCGAGACUGGCGAACUUUGGACGAAUUCGUGUCGAAGCGCAUGACGUGCUUGCGCAAACUCGAACAAUCAUGGGCAACGUAUCUGGGUCAUAGCCAUUCGCUGCGCCAUUCUCGUCGAGCCCACCAGGAACGUGAUCUUCUUGAUGGGGAUGAAAGCGGAGCUCUUCUUUCAAGAUCGGAGAUGGAAGAAGCUCAUGUUACGCCUGUGGGCAGAAGACGUCCAACGGUCAGCCUUCGGUAUGGGCCACUCAAACUAUACAGCAAGAAGAUUGACGCAAUCAACUAUUACGAAGAGAAGUUGCGCGUCAUGGACGAGAGGAUACAUGCACUGAGAGCCACUGUAUUCAAACCGACACCUUUGGCUUUUGUGACGAUGGAAUCGACUGCUGCAUGCCAAAUGGCUGUACAAGCAAUUCUCGAUCCGAAGCCCGGACAGCUCCUUGCUAGCCUGGCGCCGCCACCGGCCGACGUCGUCUGGAAGAACACAUAUCUUUCCAGGAAUCACCGCAUGGUACGCUCUUGGAGCAUAAUGGUCUUCAUUGGCUUCCUUACCAUUCUGUGGGCUGCCCUUGUUGCUCCUCUUGCCGGCCUGCUCAGUAUUGAGGUCAUUGACAAAGUCCUUCCUGGCCUUGCGGCAGCCCUCGAGCACCAUGAGAUUAUCCGUUCAUUGGUCCAGACGGGUCUGCCAACCUUGUUGUUCUCGGUGUUGGCAUUGGCAGUGCCCUACUUGUACGAUUGGCUCGCCAAUCAGCAAGGCAUGACCUCCCAAGGCGAUGUUGAGAUGUCGGUGAUAUCCAAAAACUUCUUCUUCAUCUUCUUUAAUCUCUUUAUCGUCUUCACAAUCUGGGGUUCUGCCACCACGUUCUACGACUUCUGGCAAGAUCUGCGAGACAUCCUUCGAGACACUGCAGGAAUCGCCUAUGCAGUAGCCAAAGCUCUCGAACAACUCUCACCUUUCUACGUCAAUCUUAUUGUCCUCCAAGGCCUCGGCCUCCUUCCUUUCAGGCUACUCGAGUUCGGUUCCGUGGCGUUGUACCCCUUCUACCUCAUCAGCGCAAAGACACCCCGGGACUAUGCAGAGCUGUCUCAGCCCCCAAUCUUCAGUUACGGCUUCUAUUUGCCGCAAACCAUGCUUAUAUUCAUCAUCUGUAUUGUUUACAGUGUCCUCCCUGCCUCAUGGAUGAUCACUUUAUUCGGAUUGGUGUAUUUCCUUAUUGGUGGCUUCAUCUACAAAUAUCAACUGCUUUACGCCAUGGAGCACCGUCAGCAUUCAACUGGUCGAGCUUGGCCAAUGAUUUGCAACCGAGUUAUAACCGGAUUAAUCCUCUUUCAAGUGGCGAUGACGGGUAUCCUGGCACUUCGAGGCGCUCUGACAGCCUCGUUAUUCCUGGCCCCUUUAUUGGCGGGUACUAUUUGGUUCACUGUAUAUUUCCAACGAACAUAUGUCCCUCUGAUGCGAUUUAUCGCGCUUCGAAGCAUCGAUCGUCCAGGCAUGCCUCAGCUUCCCACACCGCCAGAGUCUGCUUGGGAUAGAGAUACCGAGUAUGGGCGAGCUGUCGAUACAGAUCCGGAAACGGGUCUUCGCUAUAUCAACCCGAACCUCGUCCAGCCUCUGGAGACCCUGUGGAUAAAAAGGCCGGGGCAUGGACGCCGCCAGAAUGAUUGA